AUGGAUCUAUACGGCACAGGCAAAGGCGGCGUGGGAAAUAAUGUGUGCGUCGUCGGCACGGGCGUCACCGGCCUGCUGGCGGUGAAAAAUCUGGUCGAGCAGGGGUUGAAUGUCAGAGCCCUGGAGCAGAACGAGUAUCUUGGAGGCAAUUGGCACCAUUCAGUAACCGCGCAGCAAGUCUCGGCGCUGCCGGAGAUGAAGGUCAAUAUGUCGAAAGAAACAAAUUCUUUUACCGAUUUCCCAAUGCCGGAUGACUAUCCGUCAUUCCCCUCCGCGCAACAGAUCGGCAACUACCUCGAGGCAUACGCGGACAAAUUCGAACUCAUCAAGCACAUCGAGCUUUCGACGGCCGUGACGAGCAUCCGACGAGACGAAGAGGACGGCGUCUGGGUCGUUGCGACAAAGCACACCAAGACGGGCGACGAAGAGGAGCGAGAGUAUGACCGAGUCGUCCUGGCGACGGGCGCAUUGAACGUCAUGAACGUGCCCGAGAUCAAGGGCAUCGAAAAUUUUGCCGGAGACGCCAUCCACUCUCGCGACUUCAAGGACCCGUCGAGAUACGCCGGGAAGAACGUCUUAGUCGUCGGCCUGGGCUCGACUGGAGCAGACACGCUGAGCUUCUUGGAGAAUGCCGGCGCAAACAAGCUGUACCUCAGCAGCAGGAGCCGAUGUUCCUUGAUCCCCAGAACAAUCCGAGGACGACCGUGGGACCACUACAUGACACGCCGCAGGGACGCGAGGAUACGAACUCUGUUACGGCUGUCUCCCAGCGCCACCAACUACUUUGCCGGCAAAGCCAUCGGCCUCGUACAAAGCUACGCCUUUCCCACCCUGAGGGCACAUCCCUGCUUCAGCGGCGCCGUCAGCGGCCCGUUGUAUCGCAGCCCCUUUGUGUGCGACGACCUGCCAGAACUUUUAGACAGCGGCCGUGUCAAGGUCUACCCCGGAAUCAUGGGUGUUGCCGGUCCACGAACCGUCGUAUUCAAGGACGGCAGCGAGAUUACCGACGUCGAUGCCAUCAUCUUCUGCUGCGGCUACUACCACGACCUAUCCCUCAUCGAAGGCGAGGGCCAUCCUGCGGAUGCUGAGUUUUCCAUGGACGCUUUCGAGGAGCUCAAAGCCGCAAAAUAUUACACUCAAAAGAACCAAUAUCAGAGGCUCUACCACGGCAUCCUGUCGGAGCGAUACCCGGAGUCGCUGGCAGUCCUGGGCAGUCUGACAACCCUGCGCCCUACGUUUGUGCUUUACGACCUUGCCACCAUGGCACUUGCCAGUAUGUGGUCCGGCAGCUAUCCACUGCCCUCACCGCGAGCCAUGAAGAGGGAGAUUGAUUCUCAUUACAACUUCGUGGUGCGAGCCCUCCAGAAUGGCCCGCUGGCCUAUCUGGGUCUUCGUAUAGACUUCCAAGGCACAUAUGCCUGGCUCAAUUCUGCUGCAGGCACAGGUGUCAUAGAACGGCUCGAGGGAUGGGGCUGGGAAGCGUGGAAGUUCUGGUGGAAAAACAGGACGCUGUACAAGUUCAUCAUGGACGGGCCGAACGUCUCGGCGGUAUACAGGCUCUUUGACAUUGGCAGAGGGAGGAAGCCGUGGGCCGGAGCUCAGGCGGCCAUUGAGAAGGCCAACCAAAGGCCGGUGGAGAGGGUCGAGGAGAUUCAAGUGGUUCAAGAGGUUCAGGUAGUCCCCGAAGAGAUUGAAGCCGCCAAUGAGGACACCCCGGACGGGACAGAAGUUGCGGAUGAUGACGCGGAUGAAGGAGACUUGGUGGAGCAGGCUGAGGCUGAAUGA